AUGAAGUCCUGGAGCAAACCACCAGAGGUGCAGUUUCUUGAUGACUUCUCCUUAAUUAUUUUUGAGCCCCAGGCGCGGCCAACCCUCGCUUCCCCAAGGCAGGGCUCCACUCGCGUCCCUGCAACCAGCCAAGUCGGGCCCGCACCGAGCCCGGCCGGCCCGCCCGGCCGCAGUAGCCCCUGGAGCCCCGCCAGCGGGGAUGGGCGUGGGCCCCGGCGGCCACCGCCCCGCCAACUCCCGCUCGCAAGGAGAGAGUGCGCCCCACCCGCUACGCCGGCCCCAGACCUACCUGCAGGGGAUUGCGGGUCUCCUGGACAGCGGCCACGGGCCGGACAGGGGACGCCGAGGCGGCCGGAAGCCCUCCCAGGGAGCCUGAGUGUCCCGGGGAGCACAGGGCGGGGAGAGAAGCCGGGGGGCUGCCGCGGGCCAGCGCGGCCCGUCGCGAGGGUCGCGGGGACCUCGCACUCCCCUCAGCACCAGGCCGUUGCCGCCGCCGACGCCGCCAUUUUGCCUUCCACUCGGUGUCGCCGCCGCCGCACUCCGCCGCAGGUUUCCCGGAUGUGGGCAUUUCCCGGCGUCGCUUGCGCGGGGGCCGAGGACUGGGGGCUUUUGCCGGCUCCGCCGCCUGCGGAGAGCGCCGCCCGCGGCCUCCUGCCCGCCGCCCGGCCCGGCUGCCCUGUGCGUCGCCAGCGGCGCCCCCGCCUCGCGCUGCCCAGGACCCUUUUGAGUCCCACUCACACACGGAAACCCUGCCAUCAUGCUGGGUCAACUAGAGCUGUCCAGAUGAGGGAGGCAGCACAGCACAUUUUCAAAUAUACGGAUGAGAACUUGCUGGGAAGAAUGCUGUGGAAGGCAUGAUUGGGCUGGAAAUGCCCUCCAGUUUGCCUUCCGCCUCUGGGACCCUACAGCCCUCAAAAAAAUUAUUUGAUAGUUCCAUGAAUAAAGGCAGUGACAAUGAGCAAAUUCAUAUAUUAGUUUUAUUUAUACUGUAUCAAGCUUAUGUUUCUAAUUAAAUGUAUGACAUGUAACAUUCAAAGGUACUGUCUUUUACACAUGAUUAUAAAUACUCAAAGCAAAGCAAAGCUUCAAACUUAAAACUGUUUCUAGUUCCAGCUAAUAUUCUAAGCCUAGACGUCUGGCUCCUUCCUUCUACCAUUAUUUACUAUAAUGAUCAAAGGGAAAUUAUAUACAUUUCCGCUGGAAACUGAGAUGGGUGCUAACAUGUAUGAAACCUUCACUUUUCAGCAGCAGAAAGCAGAGGAACAAGCUUGCUAUUCACGGUAAAUGGAAAUUGUGCCACCAGGGACCUAGGGCCUUUGACUUAGAGCAAGGCUGUUGGCCUGCUAACCGUAAUGUGAGGGUGUUUGCACUGGGUGGAGAGAGGCUCUGCAACUUAGGCUGUGGCAAGACAGUCAUACAAAGGGAAAUA